AUGGCAACGCAAGCGGAUAUCGAGAAUCAGCGGCAACCGAGUGACGAGCGGACCCCGUUGCUCCGGACAUCCGCCGACGAUGAGGAGCCGAAUCAGCAGUCGUCCCGGGACCGGCCCAACGGCGAUAACGACCACGGAGAGAACCAAGACCCGGAGCAGGUUUACCUGAUUGCGCCCAGCCCCGAGGAAGAGGAGAAACCCCAGCGUACGACCAGUUGGUGGCUAUGGAGGGCCUUCUGGGCAAUCCUUGCGAUUGUUGUUUUGGCUGUGUUCAUCAAGGGCUGGGUCGAUGCUAAAGAUACGAAUUUCGACCUCGGGAAAGCGCUCAAGAGGGCUCUUGGCGGCGGUCUCAGUGGCGCCGCUGCCAUGGUUCUUCAAGUUUUGACGUUGAUGCCCAUUCGAACUAUCAUGAACUACCAAUACCGCUUCGGUACUGGCUUCAGGACUGCUACCGCGACACUGUACAAUGAUGGAGGGAUACGACGAUACUACCAGGGAAUUGGCGCCGCCCUCAUCCAAGGCCCGGUCUCUCGCUUUGGCGACACGGCUGCUAACGCUGGCAUCCUCGCUCUGCUUGAGUCGAACUCGUUCCUGAACCAGCUACCAACGCUCAUCAAGACCAUCUUUGCGUCUCUCUGCGCCGCCGGUUUCCGCAUGAUCCUGACGCCCAUCGACACACUCAAGACCACGCUCCAAGCUCAAGGCGCCAAAGGUACCGCCAUUCUUCGUCAGCGCGUCAAGACGCAUGGCAUUGGAAGUCUCUGGUGGGGAGCCUUUGCGACCGCUGCCGCCACCUUCGUCGGGCAUUACCCCUGGUUCGGAACCUACAACUAUCUCAGUGCGAACAUCCCGGAGCCAGACAAGAACGAUCUCUUCCUGUGGCUUCUGCGCCUUGCAUUCAUCGGAUUCUGUGCUUCCGUAAUCUCCGACAGCGUAUCCAACUCUUUGAGAGUUGUUAAGACCUACCGCCAGGUUAACGACACGCAGGUGUCUUACACCAAAGCCGCAAAAUUGGUUAUCCAAAACGAUGGUGUCAUCGGAUUGCUUGGCCGCGGCCUCAAGACCCGCAUUCUGGCCAACGGACUGCAGGGUGUCAUGUUCUCCAUCUUGUGGAAGCUCUUCCUUGACCUGUGA